GGACCUUUUCCUCCCCAGCAUCAGGGCUUGGGAGGCAGCCCUUCGAUAUAUCCUGAUGUCUGGAUCAAUCUGGUCUUCCUGCCACUUUUCACGAUUUUGGGAAUUUUACACUUCUCGCUGUUUCUGUAUAACAAGAACAAGCGCCGAGUGUUGUUUCCUUUCAAUGCGGCGACGAUGGGUUUCUGCGCCACCCGCACAAUCGCAACCUCCCUCCGCAUCGCCUGGGCCCAUCAACCCCGGAACAUCCACCUCGCAAUGACAGCCCAAAUCUUCGUCUACGCCGGCGUCAUCAUCCUCAUCAUCUCCAACCUCUGGUGGACCGUACGCAUCGUGCGAGCCCAAAAUCCUCGCCUCGGCUGGUCAAAACCCAUCACAGCACUCAUCCCCCUCCCCAUCAUCCUCAGCGUCGCCAUGAUCCUCUGCCUCAUCGUCAGCGUCUGCAUAAUUUUCUACCUCCCGGACCCAUUCCACCAACUCGUCGGUCGAACAAUCCAGCAAACCGGUGCCGCACUCUUCGCCUUAUGGUCCCUCCUCCCUUUCCCCAUCCUCCUCAUCUCCAUCUGCCUCGCCAGACCGAACUCCCACACCGAUAACUUCGGCGACGCGACAGCCGGUCUCGGCCUCAAAAACACAAUCCCAACCAAAAUUUUCGUCUGCAUCACCUCCGCCCUCCUCCUCGCCUCCGGAGCCACUUUCCGCGCCAUAACCAAUUUCGCCCCUCAAAUCCCCCUCGAAGCAGAACCUCCCUGGUACUUUUCCAAACCGUGUUUCUACGUUUUCAACUUCACCCUCGAAAUUUCCGUCGUGGCUUUCUGGCUCGUGAUCCGGGCGGACAAAAUUUUCCAUACGCCGAACGGCGCGAAAGGGCCGGGGUCGUAU